AUGGGCAAAAAACUCUCUGCAUCGUCAACAAAGCCGCAGUCGGGCGGUGUCGUAGUACCGGCGACGACGAACCCGAAAGCCAACGGCGGCGCUCCGAAACUUACACGUGCCGAUUCUGGCGUUGACGUUUCGAAGUCUGGCCAGGACAAGCCACUGCCGGUCACACUGCUUUCUGGUUUCUUGGGAAGCGGAAAGACGACCCUCCUCCAGCACAUUCUCAAGAGCGACCACGGCCUUCGCAUCGCAGUAAUUGUCAACGAUAUUGGAGCUGUGAACGUCGAUGCGUCCUUGAUUAAGAAGAGCCACAAAAUCACAAAGACCGAAGAGAAGGUCAUCGCUCUCCAGAAUGGCUGCAUCUGCUGCACCCUUCGCGGCGAUCUGCUAGAAGAGCUGGUGAACCUCUCCGAGCUCCACGAGUUUGACUAUGUGGUCAUUGAGAGCAGUGGCAUCAGCGAGCCCGAGCAAGUUGCCGAGACCUUCGAUGCCCGUCUGGCGGAGCAAAUGCAAGCCAUGGGUGAAGGACCGGAGGGUCUGGAUGCCGACACACUCAAGCUUCUCAAGAGACUUGCCGAUGCCGGGGGUGUCGACAAGUUCGCCCGUCUCGAUACCACCGUCACCGUCAUUGACGCCUUCACAAUCUUCAACGACUUCCACACAAGCGACCUGCUCUCCUCGAGACGAGACGACGUCGUUCCCGAAGACGAGCGUACCGUUUCGGACCUCAUGGUCGACCAGAUCGAGUUCGCCGAUGUCAUCAUCCUGAACAAGGUGGACAUGGUAACGAAGAACGACCGCGCCCGCGUCCUCGACCUGAUCAAGAAGCUCAACCCCAGAGCCAAGAUCCUCGAAGCCAACUAUGGCAAGAUCGACGUCAAGGAGAUCGUCAACACAAACACUUUCGACCUCAAGGUCGCCCAGUCCGGUGUCGGCUGGCUGCAGGACUUGCACGCCAUGACAGUACGCGAGGUGAACGGCCGCAAGAAGAUCACCCCCAAGCCCGAGACCGAAGAAUACAACGUCCGCAACUUCAUCUACACAAGAACACGGCCCUUCAAUCCUCGACGUCUCUGGUCUCUCAUCUACGACAAGUUCAUUCUCCAGAUGGAAGCUCCUGAGGGGGAUGAUGAUGAGAUGGACGAGGAUGAAGAGGAUGCAGACAUGGACGACGCCCAGAAGGAAGAUGAAGAAUGGGAAGACGACGAGGAAGAGGAGGAAGGAGAUGAUGAAGACGCCGACAUGGAAGACCCCCUGGAGCCGCCAUCAAACGAAGUAAUCCUCGCCAACAAGACCGCCAACCCGCUCUUCAACCGUUUAUUCCGCUCGAAGGGCGAGUUCUUCCUCGCGACGAGGCCGCACAGGGCAGGCGACUGGUCACAGGCUGGUGCGAUGUUGACUAUGACCGGCGGUCGUCCGUGGUUCUGCAUGCUCGACCCGUCAGACUACAUGACGGGCGACGCAGAGGUUGACGCACUCGUCAAGCACGACAUCAGCAAGGGUGGUGAAUGGGGCGAUCGUCGCCAGGAGCUGGUCUUCAUCGGAGAGAAUCUCGACAUCAAGGGUCUCGAGGCGGCGCUGGACGAGUGCUUGCUCAAUGACGAGGAGUGGAAGAAGUGGCAGAAGGUCAUGAGGAAUAAGAAGUGGGACUUGGAGAAGAAGCUGGAUAAGCUGCAGGACAUGUUCGACGAUGGGUUCCCGGACUGGGCGGAUGAUGAAGAGGACCAUGAGGGACAUGAUCACGCGUAA